GGCGUGCUGGAAAGCCUGGCGCGGCAAUCACUUAUUUUACAAAGGAUGAUGCGCCAUAUCUCAAGAGUAUCGUUAACGUAAUAAAAGAAUCGGGUUGCGAAGUGCCUGACUGGAUGUUACAAUUGAAGAACCCGUCGCAAGAUUCAAAAAAGAAGCUACGGAGGAAGCCGAUCGAACGCAAGAGCAUAAACACAAGAUCAAAAUAUGAUCUAUUCAAGAUAAAACACAAAAGGGAACUUAUUGAAGCGUCAAAGAAAAGGAAACUGCAACAAAAAAAAUAA